CACAUGCACAGCGCGAGGGGCAUCAUGCAUAUAAGGGAGAGCAACACCAACGACGCAGCAAUCUCUCUUCCAUCUCUCUCUUUCUUCCAGACCGUGGCAUGCACGGCUUGACACAGACGCUCUCGUACGUCGUCGUCGUCGCCGUCGUCCUCCUCGUCGGCAUAAAGCAGUCUCCACUGCAAACCAGCUAGCUGUAGCUCUCAAUUCGUAGGUGAGAUCGACGCGCAUCGCGCCGCGUCUACGUUUGUAUAUAGAGGGGGAGAGAGGAUCGGAGGAGCCGAUCGAGCUGAAGUAGGGAUGGUGCUGAGGGCGUGCACAAUGGUGGAGGGGUCAUCUUUCGUCGUCGGCGGCGGCGGCGGCGUGCCGUUCUUCGAGUGGCUCAAGCCGCGGUCCUCGCCGCCGCCGUCGCCGUCCUCCUCGUCGACGACUACGACGUCAUCGUCCCUCACCGCCCAACGACAACCGCGUGGUGCUGGUACCAUGCUGUGCUUGCCUCUUCUUGGCAGGCUCGGAGAGGAGCCCGUUGAUGCUGACGAUGGCGGGGCGAUGAACAAUCCUCCUGUCAAGGAAGAGGUGAGCAAUACUACAGACGACUAUGCCGGUGUUGAUCUCAACAUCGGCUUGCCGGCGACGACCGGCGGGGGUAGCUCUGAAGAUGCGCCCAUGGAUGAGGAUGAAGAAGACGAUGAUGACGACGAGGAGGAGGAGACGGAGGAUGAUGAGGAGAAAGCAGCUGGGCUUGAGGGGUGCAAGGUGGAGGAGAAAGAAAGAGAGCAAGUACAUAGCGAGGGAUCGAAGUAUUACGUGUCCGUGGGAGGAGGGGAAGAUCAGAGCAGCAACGCCGGCGAUGUCGACGCCGGCGCCGCCUGCCGUGGCCGGCGGUAUUGGAUCCCGACGCCGGCGCAGAUACUCAUCGGCCCGGUGCAGUUCGUCUGCCAUGUCUGCAACAAGGCCUUCAAUCGAUACAACAACAUGCAGAUGCACAUGUGGGGGCACGGUCGGGAGUACAGGAAGGGGCCGGAGUCGCUCAAGGGGACGCAGGCGACGGCGACGCUGGCGAUGCUGAAGCUGCCGUGUUACUGCUGCGCCGCCGGCUGCCGGAACAACGUCGGCCACCCGCGUGCGCGGCCGCUCAAGGACUUCCGCACGCUGCAGACGCACUACAAGCGCAAGCACGGCGCCAAGCCCUUCGCCUGCCGCCGCUGCGCCAAGCCGUUCGCCGUCAAGGGCGACUGGCGCACCCACGAGAAGAACUGCGGCAAGCGCUGGUUCUGCGCCUGCGGCUCCGACUUCAAGCACAAGCGCUCCCUCAACGACCACGUCCGCUCCUUCGGCGGCGGCCACUUCCCCGUCGCCGCCGCCGCCGCCGCCGCACAUGCGGCGGCGGCGCCGCCCAAGCAGCAGCAGCGAAUCAUACGCUUCGACGACGCAAUGGCGCAAAUGCAUGGCGGCGGAUUAAUGAACUAACAGUGUUAAUUGUUCUUGAUCGUUAGCUAGCUAUAGCUAAUUGCAUGUACACUUCCCCCUUAGUUUACACACACACACACACCCACACAAAAUGCAAUAAGAUUAUGGAGCUAGGUUGCCGAGGAGAAGCUAAAGGCAGUGAAGCAGCUGAAUUUUCUUCUGGAUGAUGACCGGAGUUUGCAUGCAAUCGGGGGACUGACUGAUCACAUAAGGUUUGUUAGUUACCCGUAGCUUGGUAAUUUGCAAGGAAGAAAAUUUGUCAGCUUCACAGCCUAAUGCUGGUUUGGCAGCCAAAUGUAUCAAUGUAUCACUCGUGCAUGACUUAAUUUUAAGAAGAUCUGUUAAUUAAUCAGUUGUCAGCAUCUAAUGAUUGAUCGUUGCUGUU